AUGGUAGUGUUAACUGUUGAACCCUGGGAGCUGGAGGGGGAGAAGAAUGUUGACACUGUCUCCGUCACCGCAUCUCAACCUGCUCAGCUACUUUUUGGGUUCCAAGAUCUCGCCAGCGACUAUUUUCAGGUACUACAACAGAAAAGCAGACCAAGAUUUUGCCGAAUCAUAUGGGCCAUCCUGAUUUUUACACUAGCUGGUUUCACCUGCUAUCUAUCCUACCGUCUCCUGACCAACUACUUCAAGUACGACUCUUUUAACAAGAGUGUAAUUGAGUGGAGGUCUGGUGUAGUGCUACCAGCUAUCUCAGUGUGUGGAACCAACUACCUCAACUACUCCAAACUCAAGACAGCAUUGGCAGCUGACAAUGAAUCAGAGGAGCACAGAGAAGGGGAGACUCUUCAAGAGGAGUUUGAUGCUCUCGUAACUGAUUUCAGAAAGUAUGAGAGUUACGGUGUCAACUUGACUGCAGAGGAUUUGGAAAGAGCUGAAGAUUUGAAGCAUUGGGAGGAUAAGAAGGGCUCCAUUGCGGUUAGGUUUAGAAACGAUAUUCUAGACAUGGUUGUAGGGCACUUUGAGUUUCUGUUCAGAGGAGUAGGCUACCACAUCACAGAAGAAAACAGAGCGGAGAUGACAAACCCAACCGAGCUAGGUAUGUGUCUGGAGAUUAAUGAUAAAGGCGAGCUGGUACAGGACGUGUUGGGAAAGAACGGCAGGUUAACUAUCGAUGUAGAUGCCAAGGUUAAUGACUAUCUCUUCACGACAUCCAGCAAAGGUUUCGUGGUGUUUAUUAGAGACUACGACGAGACAGUUAUGCUUAACCAGGGUGGGUACCUCGUAGCACCGGGUACAGAGACCUUUCUCAAACUCUCUGCUAAAAACGUAACCCGGCUGGGAAAACCGCAUGGUACAUGCCAGAAUAAGUUGAGCAAGUAUUCCAAGUAUGGGAAGCGGUUUGAGGGAGUAAGAGAAUGUCAGGAACGACAGCAGAUAGAAGCUAUGAUUAAUCACUGUCAUUGUAUCCCCUGGUAUUUUGCAGAAAGAAUGUACACCGAAAAAAGGUUAAAUGUACUAGAUGAUGCAGUUGCGGAGGUUAAGAAGGCCCAGUCUGGUAAAAAACGUAGUACUUCAAGUGAAGCCGAGCACGAAACUCAUACUGAAACUGGUACUGAAACUGAAACUGAAAAUGAAACUGAAACUGAUACUGAAACUGAUAAUCACGAUAAAACUGAGAACAACAUUCCACACAGUCCACACAUCAACCAUCGUGUUGUAGGUAAAGCUAAAGACUCCCCAGUAUUUCACUCUAACUACACAGAGUAUAUCUGCACCUUUGUACAACAAAAUCUGUGCAACGGUCUGAUAAGUAACGAGAUAAAGGAAGGAAUUCUGCAAAUGGAAGAAUGUCAUGAGCCAUGCACGUACAACGAGUGGGAUGUUGAGAUGGACACAACUGUUUUCCCACCGACCAAGGAAUAUUUUGAGCAUUUUGUCAAAUUCGAUGCUCAUCUCAGAGAUGAAGCUGAUUUCAGCUAUGCCCGAGAAAAUAUGGCAAGAAUCCACAUUUUCUACAAAGAUCUAAAAGUGGACAAACUGUCACAGAUGAAGGCUUAUGAUGAAUCUAGUUUCAUAGCAGAAUUUGGGGGAACAGUUGAUAUCUUCAUAGGAUUCUCUUUCUUCACAGUAGCCCAGCUCAUAGAGAUUGCUAUUGCAGGAUUGAUACGGAGGAUCCAAGCAAGAAGAAAUAUAGCUCAUCAAGAAAAAGCGACGAGCGGAACAGUGAAUACUGAGAUAGAAGCACAGACGCCAGAGAAUGAUGCAGAUAAGAAAGAUUUCAAGACUUACGGAAACCGCAGUGCACUUGAAGAAGGUAACGCUGUGAAGGAGCCAACAGUGGCAGCUGAAAGUACCAUAAGUGAAGUGUUCGGGAGACUGGUUGGUGGUACAUGACCCUGCUUUCUAAUACCCUCCUUGGAAUGAUCAACAAUACAAGGGAAAUUUAUUCAGUAGCUGUAGGAACGGAAAAGCUCCCCAGCUAGACUCCACGUUAUCGAUUACGAGAUGGAGUCUUCUGACAUCUAGCUAAACGGCAGGUGCUGCGGACAGACUGCAGUACGUGAUCCGGUCUGAGAUCCUAGCUAGACGGCAUAGCACGUAACGCGUUACGUGAUAUUAAACAUUACUGAACAUACAUGUUCAGUAAUGUUCUUGCAAAAACUCUUUUAUGUUGAUUCAUUGUUGUUGCGAGGUAGAUACUGUAAUUGAACUCGAUGAUUUAUUUGGCAAUUGUUCAGUAUUUAUAGUUAGGCCUUGUCUUGCCGCUGACAAAUCAUCCGAUCUCAUUAAUGCUGGCCCUGUUACUUACAACACUUGUAAAUUUGAACAAUCUUCUAGACACCUAUAUGCCCGGUUUAUUUUAAUGAGAAAGUUAUUUUACCGUUCAUCAACGUUAGUAGCUGCUUUCUCAGAUAUUUAGAAACUAUGAUUGCAUACUUAGGAAUAUUAAAACUCAGAUUAGUUUUUAGCCACAUUUAUUUAUUAAUGUGGAAAUAUAGAGGUUAAACUUUUAUUUUUUUCCACUGUAUUUAGUAAAAAGUUUCGUCGCGUUUAUGAAACUUGGAAUUGAGUAUAUUUCCAGUGUUCACUAUGUCAGUCACACUGGAUCAAAGAGUCCUCCUAGUUGGAAAGACCACUUUGGACACUAUCUGAAUACGAUUUUAAUGAUCUUUACAGAUAGCUGUAUUGUUAUUCAUAACAGUAAUCAUAACCAGACUUUUAGCAUUUCCGACUUGUAAAUAAUGUAGACAGCUGAAUUAUAUUAGAAAUUAUC